AUGGAUAGAAGUGCAGAUGAAUUUGUCAUGGAAAGGAGUGCAAGUGAAUCUAUCGUAGAUAAAAGUGCAGGUGAAUCUGCCGUAGAUAAAAGUGCAGCUAAAUGUGCAGCAACAUCGAAUAUUGCCAAAUUUAAUCAGCGAAUGAUAAUCAAUAAACUUUUGGGAGAUUGGUUUAAUGAUUGGUUUCUGACCGAUGAAGGAUUUGCUAUCGUUUUAAGUGCAACAAGUUAA